AUGACAACACACCACUUCUUCCACCCGCAGCACGCGACCCCGCACAUGGUCCCGGUCAUCCUCAAGGCCGCGGACGGCCUCUCCUUCCACGCCGACCUGGAGACGCUGCUCACGCACUCCUCGUACUUCCGUGACCUGGACCUGAAGCCUAGUGCAGAGCCGCCCGUCCUCCCGCUGCCAAUGGCCUCCGGCCCGGCGCUCAAGUAUACCCUCGACACGCUGAGCGGUGUCCCCUCCCGUCCGCCAAUGUGGGAUACUGACUUCAUCGACGAGGUCGUCGACCUGGCAUGCGCCUACGACCUGGGCCAAGUGAGAUCGGAAGAGCGUCGUGUAGGCCCCUUCCGAGCCUACACUCUCUGCGCAUUGGCGCACGAGCACGCCCUGCGCGAUGGUAGUGUCACUCCGCCGGUACCCGCUCUCUCGCCCGAUGCGUCGCCCAGCUCCUCCGCCGCCUCGCUCGAGUGCACAGACGACGUGGCCACAAAGCUAUUAGCGGGGUACACUGAUCGGCUCCUCUGCCGCCGCCUCGGCGAGCUGGACGAGUGGAGCGAGCGUGUGCUCGCCUCCCGUGCUCCGCGCGUGCUCAUCGCGCUGAAGCAGUUCUUCCACCGCCGUGACCAGGCCCUCGACGCUUACCGCCGUGCUACCGAGGCUGAUGACGAGGAGUACGACCUCGGACUGAGCCGGACCGACCUCACGACCGCAUGCGGCUCGGCACACUGCGCCGAAGCCACUGUUCGCGCCCUCGCCCGCGCCACUCGACACAUGCAGCUCCGCCCUCAGGCGCAUGACGCAUUCUGGACUGCCGCCCUGGGCUCCAUGGACCCGGACCUUGCUGGACUCGACCAAGCCUGUCCCACCUGCCACGUCGGGCUCCGCGCACGCCUCAUCAGGCUCUGGGCGACCGAGAUGCCGGAACCGAGCUGGGAGACAGCCCCGGGCUGGGCGGAGGGAUACUGGAGCGUCGACGCCCGGAACAAGCGCUACUCAGCCCUUGGCGAGGCGUCGACCGUCGCAGACCUCGGGCUUGAACUCGACAUGGACGCGGAGAUGUGGGAGUGGGUGAGUACUUCAGCUCCAAAUAUUAGCUGA